AUGGCCCAUACGGAUCUGGUCGGUUCUCGGCCUUCCCUCCUCAAACAGCUGGUCAAUUUCACCAGCGUCACAGCAGGAUUGGAAAAGACUCUUCGCCUUAUCCAAGCCCUAGCGUUGAUCGUCGCCGAGCUCUCCCUCGACCAACUCACGGCCACCAGAUGUUCGAUAGCCUGGAACCAACUGGCCUUAGGACGGCGGUAUUUCCGCUUGCUGGAUUUCUACGGAUGCUUCGAGCACGCAUAUGAUCUCCUCACAGGAAACGCUCCUUCUAAAGGAGCCAUCCUGACUAUGAUGGAGCUGGCCGAAUUCAGCAGUCUGGGCCUGUACUGCGCCCUGGAGAAUCUGACUAUCCUCCACGAUAUGAAUAUCUGGCAGGUGUCCUGGUACACUCCGCUCCUGAUGGAGGCCAACAAGUUCUGGUUCUAUUCGAUUUGUCUGUCGCUCACACGAGCGGUCUGGGAGCUGCUCUUCCUGGGCUCAGCUGCGCAGUCGCAGACUUCUCAUGCAGGUGAGAAAGAAAAGCCAGAAAAAGAAUCGAAUUCUCGGCCUACUCCAUCUACUACGGCGGUCCUUAAGCGCAUGGUCGUGGAUGCGUGCGACUUGACUCUGCCUGGGUCGUUUCUUGGAUGGACGCCGGUCGGCGAUCUGGGAGUGGGAAUCGCCAUGGUGGUUAGCACGGUGGUGGCUUCGCAGGAUAUCUGGACGAAGGCUCAACAGUAG